AUGCGCGAUCGAUCAUUAAUCGCUGCACUGUUGAUAAUUACUUCUGUGGAACUAUUCGAAAAAUGGGGAUUAGCUAUGGAACUUCUCGAAGCAAACUUUCAUAUCGUUAUUGUUAUUGGUAAUAUUGAGGAUGACUAUCAUUUACGAGCCUUUUUUAUGAAUUGGUAUAAGAUAGCACACGGAUUAAUCUUAUUAAUGCCUUUUCUAUCUGCUUUAAUUCUCGUCCUAAUUAUGAGAAGUUAUCGACAACAAGCUAAUGAACAUUUCCGACAGUUUUGGAGAUCGAUUCGAUGUAAGAAAGCAGAAGAUACAAUUGAUUAUAAUAUCGAAACGAUGCAAUCAAUUAUCGUCGAACAAACGCGCCAACGACAAUUUAAUAAAUUUUCAUCGAACAUUGAGAUAUUUUAG